UUGAGGGACGCCAUGGAACCUACAGUGUUUUGUAUUGUUGUUCCUCUGGCACUUAACAUAUGCAGUGCUCCGGUUGACUUUGAUCCGUUGUUUCAUCUAAGACAAGAGCGCUCUAUUACUCUCAAUACAGGCAAUGAUUCCGGAAUAGCAGAAGGGAAAAUUGUUAAUACAGCUCAGACAGACAAGCAACUCAUCAUCAACAUCGAGACCAAGGUGUUGCCUCAAUUCAAUGUUUACCUGGACAGCCUGCAGCAAUCCCCGCGCAUGCAAUGUACCACCAAAGAUGAGCAGGGGGAGGGAACAACCAAGAAGCGAGUAUUUACUUGCAUCUCCAUGUCCAACAUGUGUUGCCCCUCCACGACCACCUGCAUUUGUUCAGAAACAAACCAACCAACCGCUGUUUCAACGAUUGUUCCUGACCUAAAUAACUGCAAAGAACUCUGUGGGCAAUGUAUGACAACAGCAAUUGUUCCAACUUAUUUUGUUCCAACUACUUCUACUUCUGCUACGGACAACUGCCCAGAACUAUGCAGCCAAUGUAUGGUAACUGCUAUUAUUCCAACUUAUUUUGUUCCAACCACUUCUAAUUCUGCUACGGACAACUGCCCAGAACUUUGUAUGCAAUGUAUGGCAACAACUACAUUACUUCCAACUAAUAUUGUCCGAACUACAUGUUUUACUGUUCCAAACAACUGUCCACAGCUUUGCAAGCAAUGUAUGGCAAAUACAAUGGUUCCGGCUGUUAUUGUUCGAUCUACUUCUGCUCCUGCUCCAUUUAAUUGUCCAGAACUCUGUAGGCAGUGUAACAGAAUCAUACCAAAUCCAAAACCUACAGAAUUGAUACCCCAUUCACUUCAGUGCACAGAACUGUGUAAACAGUGUCAAACAACAGAACCCAAACUGUCACCUCUGAACGAAUGUUUAUCAGAUUGUCAAGCAAGCUGUCACAAGAAAUACCCAACACCCUUCCCUGAAAAGUGUGAUGAACUAUGCAAACAAUGUCAGCCUGCAAAAAUUAUUGAACAGAGUGAAACUAAAUGUAUUAGCUGUAAUACUUUGUGUGCUAUGUGCAAAAGAGUGAAAUUUCCCCAUCGUCAAAAAAGAGAAUUAAGUCUCGAAUCAGAUAGGUUUCGACCUCUAAUCAUAAACAUUGAUGGGGUAGACUCAAAAGAUGCCUCUUACAAAAUAAACAUUGAGGGCUGUCAAACAACAAAAUGCAGUCAAAAACACUAUUCGCCUACAACUUACGAUUUAGUACCUGGUUCAUCAAAAUGCAUACAUUUUUGUGACAGAUGUACGUUGAAGCCAAAUCCAGCCAAAUUAUUAGUACAUGGGUCUUUAAGAUGUAUAAACCUUUGCGAUAAAUGUGGACUUACAACAAAACCUGUCAAUUCAUUAAUAUAUGAGAACUCACAUAAGCCUUUGACUUCUGCAUCAAAACAUAUCGACUCCUGGUUUUCUAGUUUUUCAAAAUACAUUAAUCUUUGCCAGAACUGUACGCUGGGACCAAAACCUGUCGAUCCCUUUAUUUCUGAUUCCUCAAAAUGUAUAAAUCUCUGUGAGAAGUGUAAAACAGCUGCUAAACUUGCAGAUUCAUUACUUCCUGAUGCCUUAAUGUGCAUAAAUCUUUGCAAAAAUUGUAAGAAAGCGAACAUACCUGUCAUUUCCUUAGAUCCUGUUUCCUCAAAAUGCAUUAAUUUUUGUAAGAAGUGCGAGCAAGCUUCAAAAGUCUAUUCCUUAGUUCCUGGUUCCUCAAAAUGCAUUAACCUUUGCGAGGGUUGUGAAUCAAAUCUACCUUCUACUAGUCAAUUAUUACCUUGUUCUGUAGAAUGCAUAAUUCUCUGUGCUAAAUGUAAAAGCAUUUCAAAACCGAUUCAUUCUGAUUUGAAACCUAGUCUUCCUACUACAAUUCCAACAAAUUCUUUUCUACCUGGAUCUACAAUGUGCUUAAAUUUAUGCAAAAAAUGUUUUAACUUCCAUUUAAACUUGACUCCAGGAUCUAGGGAAUGUGAAAGCGUUUGUCACCAAUGCAAUGCACUCGUACAUGAACCACAGUCGAAACUACAGCCAGGUUCUCAGAAGUGUAUGAUACGUUGCAAGCAGUGUAAAUUCUUUCCCGCCAAGAAAUUGAAAAUUUCAAGAAAAAAUUGUACACAUGAUUUCUCACCUUAAUAUUGAAUGUUUUCAUUUAGCAUAUAUAAGUUUUUAUGAAAAUACUGGAAUUAAAUAUGUUAACCACUG